CAAAUUACAGAAACAUCCUAGACGCUCUCCCUGACACGCAGAUCCGCUUCAAAACAUUUCUCGAGCAGAGCCGACAUCGGAACUCCCCAACGACAACGAGGGCAGAAACAGCAACAGCCGACGAACCAAAUUCGUGUGCAAUCCCGGAGGUCUGUGCGAUUUUGGUUGGAACCUGGUCGGGAAUCGGUGGCCGGAGCGAAUGGCGGUGCCGGAGGCGGUGGCGCUAGAAAUACCGGCGGAGGAGGGGUCCCCGGCGGCCAGGGUGCCGCCGAGGAUCAGGAGGAGGCUCGCCCAGGCGCGUGAGCCCAGCGUUGGCGCGCCGGCGACGGCCGAGGAGAUCGAGGCCAAGCUGCGCGACGCCCAUCUCCGUAGGCAGCAAUUUCAUGACGCAUUAUCAUGCAAAGCAAGGCGUGCCGUCAGGAGCACUUCACAGCCAUCUCAGGAGGAGGAUCCCAAGCAGCGCCUUGAAGCAAAGCUUGUGGCCGCUAAGCAGAAGAGGUUGAGUCUCUUGGAGAAGGAGCAGAAUCGUUUAGCUAAAUUGGACGAGGUGCGUCAGGCUGCUAAGAAUGAUGCGGAAAUGAGGUUCAACAGGGAAAGGGAGGAGCUUAGCAUGAGAGUUGAGCAUCGGGUCCGGCAGGCAGAGGAGAACCGUAUUCAACUCUUGCGUGCUCGUUUGCAGAGGCGGGCUGCGCUGGAGGAGAGGACAAAAAGGUUCCUCGGGCAAAGAGUGGCGUGGGAGAACAAGUACAGGGAGCGUGUGCGGUCUGCGAUCCUGCAGAAGCGGAAUGCAGCUGAGAUUAGAAGGAUAGGGCUAUUAGAAGCUGAGAAAAAGCGGGCUCAGGGUCGACUUUCACAGGUCCAGCUUGCUGCCAAAACUGCAUCUAGCCAAAGAGAAACUGAGAGGAGCAAGUUAAAAGAACAGCUACAAGACAAACUUCAGAGGGCAAAGCGGCAGAGAGCUGACUAUUUGAGGCAGAGAGAAAGUGCCCAGUGCUCUACGCAUACCAGUUCAAUUAAACACGGGGACUUUCUUUCAAGAAAGCUGGCAAGAUGCUGGAGAAGAUUCAUAACAUCUAGGAAGACAACAGUGGUGUUGGCUAGGGCCUUUGACAUUCUGGGAAUAAAUCAGGAAUCUGUUGAUUCUAUGCCAUUUGAAAAACUAGCUCUCUGCAUUGAAUCUCCAGAAGUUCUUCAGACCACCAAGGCAUUGCUUGAUCGCUUGGAGAGUCGUUUUAUUCUUUCUCAGUCAUCAAGUUCAUCCACACCAGAAAAUAUCGAUCAUCUGCUCAAGCGCCUGGGAUCACCAAAGACUAGGAUCCUACCAAGUAGUGCGGGAAGAGCUAGAGUAACACCAAAAAGGGCAACUAGAAAUUCUGACGCUGGCAAGUUACCUAGAUAUUCACCAAGGGUAGUGCUUUGUGCUUACAUGAUACUAGGUCAUCCAAGUGCUGUGUUUAAUGUACGAGGCGAACGAGAGAAACUACUUGUGGAGUCGGCAACAAACUUUGUGAAGGAAUUUGAACUGCUGAUGAAGACAAUACUUGAUGGGUUAGAUGGUGCAUGCAUACUGAGGCAGUCCACACUAGACGCAGUUUCUCCUGGAUCUUCUACUUACCAGGAAUCUUCUUCAAUUGCUGCUGAUCGGAAAAAAUUUAGAUCUCAGCUGGUUUCUUUUGACAAAGCUUGGUGUGCUUAUCUUUACCACUUUGUGGUGUGGAAAGCAAAAGAUGCCAAGUCGCUAGAGGAAGAUCUCGUGACAGCUGCAUGCAAGCUUGAGCUCUCAAUGAUGCAAACAUGCAAAAUAACUACUGAAGGCCGAUCAGAUAACCUUAAUAAAAAUAAUUUGAAUGCCAUUCAGAAACAGGUUAUGGUAGACCAGAAACUUCUAAGGGAGAAGGUUUGGCACCUAGGUGGUGAACCUGGUGUUCAGAGGAUGGAACUUGCUUUAUCAGAAACAAGAUCAAAGUUCUUUGGAGCUAAGGGAAACGGGAGCCCCUUGUCCACAGCUGCUGCAAAUGUCGCAUCUCCAUCUGGAAAGUCUCUUCUUUCUGACAUUAAAGAGAGUUUGGACAAGGAUGCUGAAAGGCCAGGUAGAGUUGUUCAAUCUUUGUCCAGAGCUUCCUCUUCACUGUCUCGAAGUAACACUGGAGAUAACGGUAGCCAAAUGAGCAUCACACUGCCAGAAAAGCUGCCAACUGAGGAUGAGCUUGCCCAGUCUUUGUUCAAUGUUCCCUCUUUACCAUCUGAAAGUAGCUCAGACGACAAGGCCAUCAGUAGCCAAAUGAGCAUCACAGUGCCAGAAAAGCUGCCAACAGAGAAUGAACAAAUGGUCAAUGAGAUUCUGCAUGGCUCUUUUCCUGAUAGCUUUGAAGAUGUUGGUAAAGUUGAGGGAGAUUUCAAGGCAAAGGUCAGGGAAACAAUGGAGAAAGCUUUCUGGGAUGUGGUUCUGGAUUCAAUGAAAGGAGACACACCAGACUACAGUUAUCUGGUCAACCUAGUAAAGGAAGUCAGGGAUGCAUUGCACCAGAUGGCUCCUAAAGGGUGGAAAGAAGAAAUAACAAAUAACAUUAACCUUGAAAUGUUGUCUCAGGUACUUGAGUCAAGCACCCAGGACACACAGUAUCUAGGGCACAUUCUGCAGUACUCUCUGGGUAUGGUGCGCAAAUUAUCUUCUCCUGCAAAGGAAGAUGAAAUGAAGAUCAGUCAUGACAAAUUAUUGAGCGAAUUGAUUGAACACUCUGAAUCCAAUAAUGGAGGUCCAUAUGCAUUUGUAAUAGCUGUCAUCAAGGGCUUGCGGUUCACUAUGGAAGAAUUAAAGGCUCUUCAGUCAGAAGUCAGUAGAGCACGGAUACAGCUGUUGAAACCAAUUAUAAAGGGAUCGGGUGGUUUUGAGUACCUGCAGAGAGCUUUUGCUGAUCGCUAUGGAUCCCGUUCCAAUGCAUUAGUUUCUCUCCCUUCAACUAUUCAGUGGAUUUCUGCCUCAAAGGAUUUGGUAGAAGAAGAAUGGAAUGAUUAUGUCAGCUCCUUGCAGACCCUGCCUGCUACAGACCAUGUUCAGCCAUUUGUUACGACCCUACGAGCUGGUCGUGGAAUUCCAGAUCAGCAACAUGUAGUGCCUGUAGCAGAAGAAUGUACAGAGCUACCAGCGUGCACGGGAGAAGAGCUUGAGAAGCUAAUAAGAAUUGGGCUAUUGCGGCUUAUCAGCAGCAUGGAGGGCAUGCAGAGGAAGUCAGUACCUGAGACCUUUAAGCUCAAUUGGUUGAGGUUGCGUGCUGUUCAGAGUCAAUUCCAACAAGUGAUUGUUAUCGCAACAAGCAUGCUUGUCCAGCGUCAAGUUUUGAUAAGUGAGAACUCAGAGACCACUCCUUCGGAACUGGAAAAUGCAACCUUGGAACUGUUUAACACACUCACGGAGCUACUAGAUAACUUUUCUGAUGUUAGCACAGACAAGAUCAUUGAGGUUAUGAUCCAUUCGGCAACCUCAACCGGCUCUUGUUCAGAUGAAGUGAUUGAGAACAGGAAGCAGAUAUUGACCAGGGUCUUCCUUAAAAGCCUUCAGACCGAUGACACCGUCUUCAAGAAGGUCUCUGGAUCUGUUUACUGCGCCUUCCGUGCGAUCACGCUGGGUGGCAGCGGGGCGAAGGGCAAGAUGCUCGCCGAGGUGGCCCUCAGGCGCAUCGGCGCGACAAGACUCACUGACCGCGUAGCGAAGGCUGCCGAAGUGCUACAGAAAGUAGCAACAGUAUCAGAGCAGGUUCACGGCCCGUGGUACAAGCACCUGCUGUGAGAGUGACCUCUGAUUUUGUGAAAUUGUGCCCUAUCAAGUUGUUGUGGAAAUGAAAUUGUGCAGCGAUCUGCAAGCGUUGCAGGGUGGUAACAGUGUUUGAAGAUUUCACCGUCUCCGAGCUAGGAGGAUAUGGGAAGUUAUCAGGUGUGCUAAUGUGCCUACGUAAACAAUGGUUUAGUAAUUGUGUGAGAGAACUGAACAAGCAGGAUACGUUGAUACUGUCUUCGUGUAGCUCGUGUCUAUAUAUAUGUGCUGUACUGUAUAUAUAUAAAUAAUAAUGCUAAGGAAUAUCAACACUCUGGAAACGUUUUCAUCUACUAAUGUGUGUACAUAUAUAUGCCUUCCAUCA